AAGUACAGAAGGCGCCAUAUCCAAACACAGUACUUUACGUUUAUUUGUCUACAAAUCUCAUCCAAAUACACGACGUAAGGGGGGGGGAAAUCAACAUUUGCUCCAAAUAAAAAACGUGGAGGCAAAAUUUCGACAUCCCUCUUUUAAUUACGCUUUUGUCAGCUUCAUUUCAUCUUUAUUGGUUACCUGGGAACUGAUCAAGCUGCUCACUAUAUUCAGUUUUUAAGAUUUAUAUUCAUAACUGUUUAUCACUGCUCCAAAAAUCUUAAAUUAUGUCAGCCUACAAUAGAGAACGAAGUUGUUGACUAAGUUGUGUCUUUUAUGCUCCUGAAGACUACUUCUGAAAAGCUACAUUGUUAUAGAUGUUGUGUAUCGACUUUAGCGUCAUAAGGCAGUGUUUUUUUAAUCUUGUAGUCUAUGUAUAUUCGGGUUACUCUUUGGUUUCCUAAGCGUUGUCAUAAUCUGUGGGUGCCUUUUGAGUGUUAACAAACUGACCUUGAGGAACCACGGUUAUUUAUUAUGGUCAAUUGACCAUACUUUAAAGUACGGUUACAAAAUAAUGUGGUGAAUUAAGAUGAGCGGAUAAUGUUCAGCUCUACCAAUUGUGACUACAAUCUCUUCAGUGUUCACUUCCAAGUUCGGUUCUCGAUAGUCAUCUAUAUGUCUAUUGGUCACUGGUUUGCCUGUAACACCUUGAAUUCCUUCCACCUAUGGGGAAGAGAAUGUGUAUAACUGAAACUCCGGUAGCCCGAUAAUCUGUUGCACUGCCAUAAUAUUCGAAUAUAUCUAAAUAUACGAAUUCUAUUUCAUGACCAUAUCAUGGUAAUAAUGUCCAUAUUUCAAUGAUAAACAUAGAGAAUGCUUAAGGAGAAUUCCAAAAACUUUAGAUAUUGGAGUCCAGCCGAUCUAACUUCACUGUGUCAUUAAGACAGGAAAGUACGAUCCUUCCGUCAAUGUGCUUUUAAUUGUCCCUUCUCAUUUGGUUUUGUGAUUUAUUAUUCGUGUUCUUACUUUUAUGUGAUUUUUUUCUUGUUUCUCCAUGAAAAUGUUCCUCUCUCUGGACCUUUUUUAGUGCCUUACAUCAGGUGCUCUCUCUUUAUGCUCUAAAAAAAUGACAGUGAUAUCAAAAUGAGUAUUAAGUAACUUCAUUGUAAAGUACUUCAGGUUCUUAUUUACACGUACGAUUCAAUUGAGUCAGUGGAACUUUCUCAUACAGACUAAAUAAAGUGAUUCAUCUCGUUAUUCUUCAUAUGUAUCGUUUUAUUUUGCAGCUUAUAAGUGGCUUAAUUUUCAUAAUUGUCAAUAUGGCGAAUAAGCAUUCAUCUUUAUGUUAGUUUUGUCUAUAAUAUUGCAGAUGGACUUUGUGUUCAACAAAUUAAAAACAAAAGUAUCAGGUGCCUUACCUGGCAAUCCGUUAACUCGAGAGUAUGAUAUUGAGAAACAAAUUGGUCAAACUGGUCCAGGUUCAUUAUGGAAAAUGUAUUCAGCUAAAAAACGUUCUACUCAUCAAGAAGCCACUAUAUGGAUAAUGGAAAAGAAAUUGUUAGAGUCUUAUCCAAAGUUACAACGAGAAUCUAUGAUUGAAAUACUUAAAUACGGUGUGUCUACGUUGAUGAGGAUUAAGCAUCCAAAAAUAGUAUCAGUUCUUCAGCCUUUAGAGGAAUCACGUGAAAGUCUUGCUUAUGCAACGGAACCACUGUUUACUUCACUAAAUAGUGUAUUGACAAGAGAUUCUUCAAACAUUAGACAGCCAAACGAGUCUAUGGAUUUUUCUUUAUCAGAUACUGAGAUUAAAUAUGGUUUGGUGCAGCUUGCAGAGGCACUGAAUUUUUUACACUCUGAUUGUCAUCGUUUACAUUUAAAUUUGGCUCCUGAGUCAGUAGUAAUCAAUCGUUUCGGUAUUUGGAAGCUUGGUGGGUUUGAAUUUUCAAAAGUAGCAGACCAGAACGAAAAAUCAGGACAAUCUCUUGUCAAAAUACCUGUUUGGCAGUCUAAUUUAAUGCAUACUUGUCAAUUAAAUCUUAAUGCUAGUAGCCCCGAGGCGAUCCUUCAGGGUGAAGUGACUGGUGCAAGUGAUAUGUUUUCGCUCGGUCUUUUAAUAUGUGCACUAUUCAAUCGUGGCAAAUCCAUUUUGGAUGUUGGAGAUGAUUAUCACGCUUACAAACAAACGGUUAAACAACUCCCAUCAUUAUUAUCCAGCAAAGGAUUGGAUUUACCGAAUAAUCUGAAAGAGUAUGUCAAAAUGAUGCUGUCAUCAGAUCCACAAAUUCGACCAGAUGCUGUACAAUUUUUGAGAACAACAUAUUUUGAAGACGCAUCAAUGUCAGUUCUACGAAGUGUGGAUAAUAUGUAUCAAUUGGAUAAUUUAUCUAGAUCACAGUUUUAUAAGUCUUUGCCAAAUUCUAUUCAUGCUUUGCCAAAACGUUUAUGUCUAUUUCGUGUUUUUCCACAAAUCGCUGAAGAUUUUUCCAAUCCACAUAUGGUACCAUUUAUUUUACCAGCUGUUUUACAAAUUUUGGAUUUAAUUACACAAGAUGAGUUUAUUCAAUAUAUGCUACCACGUCUUAUUCCUGUAAUGUCAAUGAAAGAACCUAUACAAAUUAUCUUAAUAUUUUUACAAAAUUUACAUAUAUUAAGUGAGAAAUUCCCAAUAAAAGAGUUUCGUAAUUAUGUUCUACCAAUGUUACAGUUAGCUUUGGAUAUUGACAAUAAGAUGAUACAGGAAUUAUGUCUUAAAUCUUUACCAACUAUUGGAAAAGCAAUGGAUUUGACUGUAUUAAGAAGUUCUCUCAUUCCACGAAUACAACGUUUAUGUUUAUCCACAGAAUAUUUAUCUACACGUAUGAAUUGUCUUCUCUGCAUUGGAAAAUUACUAGAUCAUUUAGACAAAUGGAUUGUAAUGGAUGAUAUUCUUCCAUUUUUACAACAAAUUAAAUCACGUGAACCAACUGUUUUGAUAGCUAUACUGGGUAUAUAUCGCUUAGCGUUUAGUCAUGAGAAACUGGGCAUCAGUCGAGAAAAACUAGCUAACAAAGUAUUGCCUUAUCUUAUCCCAUUAUCCAUUGAAAGCAGUUUAAAUUUAAAGCAGUACAGCGCUUAUGCAUCAUUAAUACGAGAUAUGUGUUCAUAUUUGGAACGUGAACAAUACGCUAAAUUAGAGCAAUUGCAUGGUGCUGCAACUGAUGAGGACAGUGUGAACUACUUAUAUUGACAUAAGUAGUAUAUAACGUGCGUUAAAGGAUGUAAUGUCUGGCAGCAGAAAAUGGAGAAGAUCAAGAAAAGAAGAGCAAGAACGCAAUGGAAUUUGUAAGAAAUCGCAUGAACAAUGAAAUGAGAGACGAUGGAUUAGUGUUUGCAACUUGAACAGUACAGUUUGAUAAUGAUGCAUUGAUAAUUUGCAAAUUGACGAUUGACUUUAUGGUAUUCAGAUUUUGUUGAGAUAGUCUGUAAUUUUCGUGCUACAUACAUUCGAUUGUCCCCACCCGUGUUCUUGUUCACUACACUACCACUGUGGGAUUUGAAUCGAACACUGCAUCUCUGUGCUAAUGUGGUGUGGCAACUCGAACUGAUGUACGUACGUACGAAGUUCUACGUUGUUACUGACUGACUGACAAUCAUUUACAUAAUUAGUUAAAAAACCAAGUCAUACGAACUGCUUAUAGGCCGAGCUCGUUAGAUCCUCUGAGGAUCAUUCGUAUUUUAGCAUCAUUUAUGCAACUUCAAACCCUUGUAAUCAGUCAUUUUAAUGUUAACCUGUUUUCUUCAACCUCAUUGUCUUAUGUUUGUUCAGUAUUUUCGGUUUAAUCAGUUAUCAGAGCUCUUGAAAAUAUCGAAAUUUUCACAUUAUUGAGUAAUUUCUAUAAGAUAGUAUUCAAUGCAUCAUAGGUCUUGGUGAUUAUUCCAUAUAAAUGCUGGUAAAUUUAUAUCUCUAACUGGUUAGGAUCCUAGUUUUCUUAUAUAUUCCUUCAUCAAUCACCAGAGAUGCAGCAAUCGAACUUCUGAUUUAUAAUCUAGUUCAAGUAUGUUAUUUUCGUCCACUUGUAAUGAACGAGAACUCAGGUGGGGAAAACCAAUUUAUUGUUGAAUACAAAAUUUCAGAUUGUCUUCGUAAAAUAUGAAAACCAUACACUAAAUACAUUAUUUGCACAUUUUCUCUGAGUUUUACUUUACAUGCUUCAUCAUUCUUUCAAUUUUGUUGUUAUAACAGUUGCUCUCUGUUUGGAUUCUUGUUCUCUUCAAUUGGAUCUUAUCAAUCUUCUGCUGCCAGGCAUUCCACUUCUGAUUGGCGUUACAUACUACUUAUAUCUGUCAACAUAAGUAGCAUACACUGCAGCAGAUAAACUAUAAUUAAAAUUUCCAAGUUCUUCAAGUCUAAUAGCAUGAUAGAAAAAGGCUUAAUUAAGUAUGAAUAAACUAUACAUUGUUGAUCAAUGAAAUAGGACAUUGUUAAUCAUACUGUUACAUAGUUGGAAUAAUUCUUUUUCUUGUUAGUUCACAUCAAUUAGCUAAAUCAUUCGACCAAUUUUCCAUUCUAAUGUACAUCAACAGGUUGCAGCUUUUGCUAGUAAUAAUUUUUUAGUUAAAACUUAAGUACCUCCUAAUGAUUUUGCUGUUCAAGUGGAUAUAAAGUAUUUAAGGAAGAAUGCAAUUGCACAUUUUAGUUAGUGCAUUUCAUAUCAUAUUAACAGUGACUGUAUUACUUUUCAAUUGUUUUUUUUACAAGUAUAAGUUUACGAGUAACAACUUAAACUAUCGUAUAUUUGUUUCAGGCUCUAUGUUGAUUCUAACUUUGUUUUACAAUGAAUAUUUUCGUCUCUUCCAUAUUGACCAUGUUUAUACUUCUUUCUUCCCUACUUUAUAGCAUGAUAAGAAUUGGUAAUAUCGAUGAAAGUGUCUGGGCCAUAUCCAAUUCCUGUUCAGAUUUGGUAAGAUUGUUCUCUAGAAUUUAAACUACAGUCAGUGUUUUCAGUCGACUGUUUUUUAAAUUUUAGUAUUCGUCACGGAUUACGGAUCUCAAGUGUUCGCUAAUAGAUUCAAACUAUACAUCAGUAUUUACUGAUGACCUGAUUCGAGUUCAAAUAUGUUACGACUGAUGACUCGAAUAAUUUGCGCUUAUUUGGAUGAUACUGAUCAAUACGUAAAACGUAGUCCUGUACCAACAAAUUUAACUGUAAAUUCAAAUAACAGUAACAAUACAUCGCCUAAAUCAUCUACAGGAACGAGAUCUUCAAUUCAAGGAGUCAAUGGUUCGAUAACCAAUGAAAGUACUAAUCUAAGCUUAGAACAAAAACGUCAAUUAGCUGCUAAACAAGAUCAAAUUGAACGUUUAUCGUCUAAUUUAACAUCAGAACCAUCAUUGCUACAACCUGCUGCUGGCGCUGGACCAGUGAAGUUGAUGACAACGACGACAAUGAAUAAACCAAAACCUAUUGAUAUAACAAAUACUUUAAUAUCAUAUAAUGUGAAUGCAAUCAAUAGCACAUCUGAUAUGAUGAAUAAAUCUACUACACAAUCAAAUCGUAUAGGUACAGGCAUACCUUUAGCUUUAAUCACACCACCAACUAUUCAACAUCAAUCAUAUGAACAGAACGGUGUUUUCAAUAACAAUAGCAACUCUCUAUAUUAUCAUUUGAAUAAUAAUGUUGAACAGUUACAAUCAACUAUUUUACCUAAUUCAAUUAUUCCAUUCACUAGUAGUAAUAAUUGUAACUCAUUAAAUUCUAUACCACUUUAUCCAGCAAUGUCUAACAUGAUGAAACCUGUUCCAAAUGCAACUACAUAUCAAUUAUUCCCGACAACAUCAUCAAUUACAGUGCCAACAACAAUGCUUAAUCAAAAUAUAUCAAAUUCUAAUAGUCUGAUAAAACCAUUAUCCAAAUGUGACAUAGAUGAUUUAUUAAGCUGACAGUUAAUUCAUUAUUUUUUACAAAUGAAUAAAACAAAAAGACAAGGAAUUAUUAGUUAUUCUCUUUCGUAUAUGUACAUAUUAUCAUGUAACUUUAAACAUAUUCUUAGGUGUAGGUAGAUAAGUACGCGGAUCUAAAUUUAAUCGUCUAUGUUGCAUCAAUACAAUUUUUUCUACUCAGCAUGUUAUGUAUAGGUCGAUGAUAUAGGAAGCUAUGAUAGCUUCUUCAUUACCACCACCUUCUCAUUUCUAUUGUGAUAUUCUUGUGACUGCCCAUGUUCCAUGUGUAUUUUUCAUUAAUAUACUUACUCCCAUCAUUUUUUUCCUACCCCGUGUCUGUAUUUGGUUUGUGUACGUAUGUGAAGUAUUAAUGUCUUUCAAAUGUGGUUUUGUUUUGUUUUAAUCUUCUUUUGUGAGAAAUGCAAUACUUGAUUUUUUUUGAAAUAAUUAUUUGCACGGUGGCCUAGUUUGUUUAUUUGUUUUCAAGUAAUAUCUUACCUUGUCCUUUGAUUCGAAUUUGUUUUGAUCAAAUAUCUGUUAUCUUGU